GAAUCCCUUUUAUUUGUGGUUAAAGUCGUAUAAGUCGAAUAAGAAGUAUCUGUAGUGACGAUUGUAUCGUUGGACAGCUAUCUUUUUUAAAAAUCAUACUUGUCGAAAACGGUUACCCUAGCCGUUUUAUUGAUAAAAAUAUGCGGGAAAGAAACACUAAACCAGUCAUCCACUCGGUCUCAAAGAAAAGAUUGUUUAUAAGCCUAGAGUUUAAAGGAGACCUAGCAUCGGAUGUACUGAAGAAUCGUCUUACCAGACCAAUCAAUAGGACUUUCUUCGCAGCAAGACUUCAGUUGACUUUUACCAGCCGCAACCUAUUCUCCACCUGCGUUAAAGACAAGCUUCCUCGUUUGGCCGCCUCUAUGUGCAUCUACCAGUUCACCUGCUCUUGUGGAGCAAGGUACAUCGGCCGUAGCCAGAGAAUGCUUUCUACAGGUAUACGAGAACAUGUUCCUGCUUGGUUUUAUAAAGGUGAAAGAAAGUCUGUUAGAAGUUCAAUUCUAGAACAUUUGAUUGACUCCCAUCACACAACAAAUCCAGACGAUGACUUUGAAAUUAUUUAUCAAAUUCACCCAAACCUCCCACGUUCUCUUUGUUUUCAACUCCUUAAAACAGCGGAGGCUUUAGCUAUUCAUGAACUAAGACCUGAUCUGUGUGUACAAAAGAAGUAUGUGCAGUCACUGUCUUUGUCAUGGCCAUGACAUUUUCCCCAUCCCAUUAGUUCCCCCUCCCACUUUGUUAAUUCAACCUUCGUAUCCUUACUUUAUCACUAUUAUUGUUAUUAUGAUCGCCUUCACUUUAACUAGUUUCCGGUUUUGUUUCACUUAAUUGUCUUAAUCCUUUUAGAAAACACUGACUUCAUCUUGUCCAAUUUGUCUAAUGCCAUUACAUAAUACUUAAUUGAUUUACCAUUUUCAACAAUUUUUUUCACCCCCUUCUGAGUUAUAUACUCUCUAUGUACCAUUCCACAUAUUACAUAAUCUAUUUGUUAUCAUUCGCACUUAAAUUGUUAUUAUAAUCAUAAAUGCCUAUGUCAUCACCCGCUCUAUUAUUAUUGUCAUCAUCAUAUAGUGUUUAGUUUUCCUCACAGGAUAUAAUUUUUUCCAAAUACCAUAUAUAUACGAUUGUACAGCUUGAAAAUAAAUUCGUUGAAAAGAGUCUCUUCGCUGAAUACC